GGAAGGGCCAUUCCGCGAGGCCCUUGUUACCGGUGGGGGUUGGGCGGCCCGAUGGCGACGUUCUUCGGGGAGGUGGUGGCGGCGCCGUCCCGGGCCGGGGUGGACGAGGAGGAGGAGGUGGCGGGGGAGCGCGAGGAGACGCCCGAGGACCGCGAGAUCCGCAGGGAGCUGGAGAAGAAAAGGGAGGUCCACAUCCUUUGGAGUUCGAAGUUAAGUGCAUCUACUGGAAGCUUUACAGAUGAGCAGUUUCCUUGCUCUAAGUUUAUAUUGGCGAUAGGAUAUAAUUCUGUAGCUUUCCUGUCCUCAUUUGUUCUGAAUUCUGGAUGCUGGGAAGCAGCUGGCUCUGUCAAAUUGUGGAACGAGUGGUGCAGAACAUCAAAUACAACAAGUGUUCUUCCAACAGAUGCUUUCUGUUUGUUCUACAAAUUAAUAUCUGAUCCAACAGUAUUGUUGUGCCAGUGCAAUUGCUAUGUGGCUGAAGAUCAGCAAUAUCAGUGGCUUGAAAAGGUUUUUGGCUGUAUGCGGGAGGAGGAUCUGCAAGUAACCAUUCUUUCAACAUGUCCUGUAACUGAUUAUAAAACCCCUGAAUCCACUUUAACACUUCCUUCUCCUUUUCUGAAAGCUUUAAAGACAAAAGAUUUCAAAGAGACCACCUGUUGUCCACUGCUGGAGCAGCCAAAUAUUGUACAGGGUCUCCCUGCUGCUGUUCUGAGUUAUUGUCAAGUAUGGCAGAUUCCUGCAGUGCUGUAUCAGUGUUACACGGAUGUCAUCAAACUGGACACUGUUACAAUUGAAGCAUUCAAGCCUGUGCUUUCUUCUAAGAAUCUGAAGAGUUUAGUCAAGGAUAUGUCCAAAAGCGCAGAGAUACUGAAGAAAUUAGUGACAACCAAUGAAAUUCAUAAUAACAUCUAUACAUAAAGAUAAAGUGGACACUUAUCACCAACCAGUACAUUCAAGUCUGAUGUGUGCUUUGUCAACUCCAAUUGCUUAUUUGAAGAUAUUUUGGAAUUCUAGCUGCUUCUUUAAAAGUGGAAUAAAUCCUAAUAGUUUUUUUUA